AUGGAGUCUGUGCCAAGAGGGACAGUUUUGAUAUCUGGGUCUGAUGCGGUGUUGCUCUGCACUUCAAGGCUCAAUCCUUACUUGCAUACUAAGCUACAGCGAAGGAAGGCGGUUCUCGCACAAGCACGCAAAGACACACCCAGGUCUUUUGGAACUUCGCAGGCGAUCCCAACUCGGUGGUGCGGCAGAGCCUACUGGAAUUCGCCCCAAGAGCCGAGCCGGCGGGAUAUUGAGGCUGCAAAGGUGACCCAGGAGACCCGUGCUCCACGUCCUUGUGUUUUUCCUCAGGUGAAAGUUGUGCUACAGGUCCCAUCCCAUCUCUCCCUUCUAGGCUUGAGGGGGUUCCCGAUUUGUCACAGGUUUAACUUUUCUCAUCUGGUCCCUGAUAAACUGAAGGACCGGCAUAUGGGACUUCAGACCAAAAGCACGACUGGUGGCACGCCACACUUCACGUUGGAAGGUCACAAAUUCCUGAUCUUUGGGGGUUCCAUACACUAUUUCCGGGUGCCUAGAGCAUACUGGAGGGACCGUUUGCUGAAGCUGAAGGCCUGCGGCUUCAACACCCUCACCACCUAUGUUCCGUGGAACCUCCAUGAGCCAGAAAGAGACAAAUUUGACUUCUUUGGGAACCUGGAUCUGGAGGCUUUUAUCUGGAUGGCAGCGGAACUUGGGCUCUGGGUGAUUCUGCGUCCAGGCCCCUAUAUCUGCAGUGAGAUUGACCUUGGAGGCUUGCCCAGCUGGUUGCUACAAGACCGUGGCCUGAAUCUGAGGACAACCAACAAAGGCUUUGUUAAUGCUGUUGACCACUAUUUUGAUCACCUGAUUCCCAGGGUGAACCACCUCCAGUAUCGCCGGGGAGGUCCUAUCAUUGCUGUGCAGGUGGAGAAUGAAUAUGGCUCCUAUAAUAAGGAUAAAAACUACAUGCCAUAUAUUCACCAGGCAUUGCUACAAAGAGGUAUAGUAGAACUACUCUUGACCUCAGAUAAUGAGAAAGACAUGGUCAAAGGCUACAUAAAAGGAGUGUUGGCAACUAUCAAUAUGAAGACAUUUAGCAGCAAUUCUUUAAGUGUGCUUAAGCAAGUACAGAGAAAAAAGCCCAUAAUGAUUAUGGAAUUCUGGGUUGGAUGGUUCGACACCUGGGGAAAUCAUCACAUGGUUACAGAUGCAAAGGAGAUUGAAAAUACUGUACUUGAAUUUAUCAAAGCCAAGAUCUCCUUCAAUGUGUAUAUGUUUCAUGGUGGAACCAACUUCGGUUUCAUAAACGGAGCCAUAAAUUUUGGGGAGCACAGAGCUGUUGUAACAAGCUAUGACUAUGAUGCUGUGCUGACAGAGGCAGGUGAUUACACGGAAAAAUAUUACAAGCUUCGAGAACUCCUCGGAUCUAUCUUAGCAACUCCCCUGCCUCCCUUACCUGACCUUGUCCCCAAGGCUGUGUAUCCUGAUGUGAAACCUUCAUUCUAUUUGCCACUGUGGGAUGUUCUGGAAUACUUGAAUGAGCCGGUGAAAUCUAAUGUUACAAUCAACAUGGAGAAUCUUCCUAUAAACCACGGAAGUGGUCAGUCCUAUGGAUUUGUACUCUAUGAGACUUCUAUAUGCUCUGGAGGUUAUCUGAAAGUGCAUGCUCAAGAUGCGGCACAGGUAUUUUUGAAUGAGACAUUUAUAGGAGUUAUGAAUGAGAAUAUUCAACACUUGAACAUUCCCAAAUUCAAGGGCUGUCAACUUUUGAGGAUCUUGGUGGAGAAUCAAGGACGAGUCAGUUAUUCAUGGAAAAUCCAAGAACAACAAAAAGGAAUAACUGAAUUUCCUGGCAUUAAUGACAUUCCCCUGAAAGAUUUUACUAUCUAUUCUCUGGAAAUGAAAAUGAACUUCUUUGAGAGGCUCCGCUCUGCCACCUGGAGGCCUGUUCCAGAGAGACAUUCAGGCCCUGCCUUCUACCUUGGUACCUUGAGGGCUGGCCCUUCUCCCAAGGACACCUUUCUGAGACUGGAGGGUUGGAAGUAUGGAUUUGCGUUCAUCAAUGGGCAUAACCUCGGGCGAUAUUGGCAUAUUGGACCUCAGAGGACACUUUACCUUCCCGGAGUCUGGCUUCAACCAGAAGACAAUGAGAUCAUCCUGUUUGAGAAAAUGAUGAGUGGCUCAUACAUUCAAUUCACAGAUAAGCCCAUACUAUAA